AUGGCCGCCACACACUCUCGACUGCUCGCUUUGCCGGGCGAGCUACGCAAUACCAUCUACGAGCUCGUCUUCACCAGCGACAACGCCGAUGGGAAAGUCGACGUCCGCGACGCAUCACCACCGCCAAAAGCUCUUCUCCUCACCUGCAAACAGGUCUACAACGAGACUCGCAGGAUCCAUCGAGACGCCCAUCGCAAGUAUUGGAAAGAGACCACAUUCGUCCUCGACCUCCGCUCUCGGUUUGUCCCGGCGGUGGACCCAGACAAGAUCUCACGCCUCAAGAACUGCGACCUCGAGCAUAUCGCCAACCUCGAAGCUUUCGUGGACACCAGUGACUCAUCCGCUGCAACUGUACACGAGCGCAUCAAGUUGUCCAACACUGCAGGGCUGUGGUUGUGGAAGUCAACGUAUGCGAACGACCGCAAUGAUUCGAUCCUCCCAUUGUAUUGGACAUUCUACAGAUAUCGAGACAAGGACAAAGUAUCGCUCGCCGCUUGGAGUGACGAGGAGAGUGCAAGGUCUGAACGAGCAACGGUAGUGCGGAUUCCUCGGAAGGAAGUACCGCUCGCUGAGCAGAUACUGACUAUGUGGAGGUGGGGACGUCCGAAGUAUGGUGGAUUGCCACUGAUUGAGAGGGCCUAG